AUGCCGUCCACACCGGCACGUGCCGACGGCGACGUACAGACGCCACAUCGGAUCCUUCCUAUCGGAGUGGCAUUCCCUCGAAGAAUAUACCCGUCGUUCCGUAUCCGUAUCCAUAUCCCGCAUCGGCAUCCGCAACAUUUUCGGUGCCACCUGCCACCACCAUGUCUCCCAAAGAUUAGGCCGUGGGGUGUGGUGGAUGCCGGGAUCAGGCGUCGUUUCGAUGACAUGAAUCACAUGGGACGAUGGAAACGUCCAAUCCUUGCGCUAGCCUUUGGUGUCUUCAACUGUCUCGAUUGCCAAGGAUUUGUUCCGGUGGCGGGGUCUUCUCUGGGAUCCAAGGAUUCCGUUGGAACCGCUGACACUUUGGGAAUUGCCUCCUCUGCUUCAAAAUCGUCAGCCCCACUCUCUGCAUCCGGCAGGACGGUUCCCAAAGAAUCACUCAUAUUCCUUCUAUCAUUGCAAUAUCCUGUUAGCGAUAAAGACCCUUCGUUAUUUUCGAAAACUGCCAAGGAUGUUUGGCGAUGGAAGGACGCUGUGCUCGGCGACGGACGAGACUUUUUUCUUCCCAAACCAAAGACCCUCAACGCCUUGAUCAAGUACUUGCGUAGUGAUCCCAUCAUUCAAGAAUGCGUCGUCCUUUCCAAUUGCGCACGUUUAGAAGUACUAAUCGUGGCGGAUCGUGACCCCACCACGCACGUAUCGGAACUACUCUGGAAACAGGUACAGGCCCACAACACGCCCCGUCGCCACCAGCGCUUUGGGUGGCAGCGAACACUGUCGUUCGACCGGUCGGACCUUGUGGAUCCGCAAGCGGCGCGUUGGGAGACGGACCCGUCGCACGUCGCGGAACUCCAAACGUACUGGCACUGCGAACACGGCCUGGCCAACGUGACUCGCCACUGUGCCGCGGUCGCCGCCGGUCUGGCGCCACGCCCCCGACGUCCCGAUCGGUCCGUUGUCUUUGCACCCUUUUCGUCACGGGAUGCUCAUAUACUUUUGCAACUGAAACGUACCUUGGAAUUGGCCCGGACGGAUUGUCCGACGCUAGCCGGAAUACUGUGUGCGGCUCUGACGGCCGGCAAAGCGGCGCGGAAUCCUCGGAAAGUUCCGGCGCUCGAAGAAUUGCGACCUUACGGUACCGGAAAUUCCAAGUACGAUAGAACGGCGCCCCGAGAAGUUACGGAGAGAGUUGCCACGGCUGCCUGGAACCUGGCAAUUGAACCAAGCGUACAAGAGUGCGUCGCUCGCUGGCAAGCACAGCAGCAGAGCGAACGAAUUGCAGCUUUUCGUCAUCGUGCCGAAGCAUUCGCGGAAGAUUUAGAGCAAUUGGGCUGGAUUCGGGCACAACUACACUUACCAACUAUGCAGUUGCGACAAGGCCAAACUGUCAACGAAGACGAAUUUUUCCAACAUAUCCAAGACUCUCUAGAACGUGUACAAAGUCCUUCCGAAGAGAAAUUAUAG